AUAUGGUUUAUACCCUAAUUGGCUAUAAAUAAGGGUGGUUUUUAGUACAUUUUCACUCGUUGGAAGUGGAACUUUCUUUUCCCACGCAUUGACAGUGUGCCGCCGCCAUGAUUUCUCGACUCACAAUUCCUGAGCUCAGAAAGUAAAUUUUUUUUUGGCAGAAAUGUCGUGCAGAGAUAUUUCGUGAAAAACUCCCCCAAAUUCCCCGUGAAAUACUCCCCCAGGGAUGAAUGAGGGCGACAGAAGACUGAGUGGAGCCCUCGAGGGCGACGACACGGACAAUCCGUACAAAUUCAAGUGGUUCAUGUCGCUAACGAGGCGAAAGAAGGGAAAGCAGUGCAACAAAGAGAACCAAAGUGACUUUGAGGGCCUCCCGGAAGUCCUGGGUGACGCCCCAACGCGCCCCGAGGCGCCCUACCACAGCACCAACAUCUUCUACACGCUCCGGAAGCGCUUCAAGAGGCGCUUCUCGCGCUCCCGCAAGAGCUACUCGCUGCCCACUUUCGAGCCGGGGCCCCUGGAGCCCGCGCUGCCGCGGCCAGCGCCGGAAGCGGCCGCGGACACAUCUGUGAUAGCCGGCAGCGACACCGUCUCCUCGCCGCCGGAGCCCGAGGGCGCCGAGAGCCUCGCCGAGCGCACCAGCAACAUCUACGUGAACAUGAACGAGGUGCGCGACAAGGUGAUGAGCAACGAGCGCCUCGUCCUGGCCAAGUACGGCUGGUAUUGGGGCCCGCUGUCGCGCAAUGCCGCCCAGAAGCGGCUCACGUCGCAGCUGAACGGCUCCUUCCUGCUGCGCGACUCGCAGACGGACAAGUAUCAGUUCACGCUGAGCUUCCGGAGCGCCGGAUGCACACUCCACAGCCGGAUCGACUACAGGAAUGGAUACUGGCACAUCGAGUCCGAUCGCUACAAGUCCAUCGUCGACCUGAUCGAGGACACCAUGCGCAAGUCCAAGAACGGCGUCUUCUGCUACGUGAAGACCAGCUCGGAGAUGCUGCCCCCAUUCCCCGUGCGCCUCACAAUUCCCGUCAAUCGCUUCUACGAGGUGACGUCGCUGCAGCACCUCUGCCGCUUCAUCAUCCGCCAGAAGAUCAAUCUCAACAAUGUGGAGCAGCUGCCGCUGCCCAGCAAGCUCAAAGACUACAUCCGCGAGAACUUCUAUGAGAACUUGUAACAAUUGCUCUAUAAUGUUUUACUUCUCUAAUUUAUCGCCUUAUCGCGCCGCCGCCCCCAUUCCGGGAGGAGACUCUUCGGGGGGCGCGCGCGCGCGUGCAGAAAAGAUGGCCAGACAGUGGCUGAAUAAACAUUUAACGGUUUACACAGAGUCACUUUUGCACUUCACAACAAUUCCUC